AUGGCUUGCAAGGCCGCAUGCAGUGCGGAUGAAGUUACGUGGCUGGUUUGGUGUUUCGAGCAUUGCUCGAAGCCCGAGCAGGCUGCAGUACGCACAGAGCUUGCAGGCCUUGCGACCGAAUUCGGAUGCAAGUUCGUUUACCACAAGAAAUCCAUGGGCUUUCUCAGCUGGCUGAAGGGCCGGAAGGGGAGCGUAUUACUCGUCGCAGAUUGGCGAGAAGCAAAGCCCAUCAUGGAGGAGAUCACCAAGCAAAAACAGCGUCAUGACUUGCGCAUGUGUGUCGUCGCGCAAACAGCAACGAUCCUUCGCCGUGCAUCUCUUUGGGCAGGCACUCAAAGGGGAUGCGCAGAGAUCAUGGUGACGUCGGGCUUCUUGCGACACAAGGUGGAGGAGAUGAUCGCAAGCCAUGUGCAGGCCUUGCGCACGACCGGGCUGGCUGUGGGGUUUCGCGGAUGGUUGUCUCUGCCCACUCUUCUCGAAGCGGUACAUGACCCCAAACAGGCUCAUCGACUUGAGAAGCUCAUCAAGCAAACAAUGUGGCAAGUCUACGAGGACUGA